AUGCACUUCUCAACUCUCAUCGUGUCAAUCGCGGCCCUGGCUCCCCUAGCCAGCGCCGUCGGCAACGCAGUCGUAACAAAUCACUGCAACUUCCCAGUCUACCUCUGGUCCGUCGGAGGCAGUGUAGGACCCCAGAAGACCAUCGCCGCCGGAGCCAGCUACUCAGAGCCCCUCCACCACGACGCAGCCUCAGGCGGCAUCGCGCUGAAGAUCACCACCGUCGCGAAUGGCCUGUACAACGGCAGUCCGCAAACCAACUUCGCCUAUACCCUCGACCCCGGCACGGUCUGGUAUGACCUAUCCGAUGUCUUUGGUGACCCAUUCUCCGGAAAGACAAUGGUCGUGCGGCCUUCCGAUACCCAGUGCUCCAAGAUUUGUUGGCCACAGGGCGUUAACCCCGGCGGUAGCCAGACUAAGAACUGUAACUCGGAUUCGAGCAUUACUCUCAAUCUGUGUGCGGCGAAGUGUUAA